AUGCCGCCGCCACCACCACCAGUGCCACAGCAGGGACCCCUGGCUGUGGACGCCCCACUCCACUCCCUGCCCUCGUGGCAUACCAGGCCCUGUCAGAACCAAGUGCGCCUGCAGCUCCGCCCUGAACAGGGGAAGCAGGAGGCAGAAGUGCAGUCUCCUGGGCGUAGACCAAGUUCUCCUGUGCCUGCACCAAGGUCUCCUGGGCCAGUGGUGCCUUUGACACUUCAGCUUCCAUCCCACAGCAUCAAGGCCUCAUCUUCCCGCCUUGCCAUGAGCUGCUUUGGGAUCUAUAGGAAAGAACGGGAGGACAAGGAAGAGGAAUUAUUUGAGGUGAGAAGGACACAGAAACAGCUAAAGGAAGACAAGCGACUCUAUGCACCCACACACCACCUGCUGCUGCUGGGGCCCAAGGAAUCUGGCAAAAGCACCCUUUUCAAGCAGGCAAAGAUGCUGCGUGGACCAGGGUUUAAUGGAGCUAGUCAGCGGGCCACUGAAGUGCAGAAGGUCAGAAACUCCCUGAAGGAAGCAAUUGAAAACGUCCUGUUGGCCAUGAGCAGCCUGUGGCCCCCAGCGGAGUUGGCCAACCCUGAGAACCAGUUCAGAGUGGACUACAUCUUGGGUGCCAGGGACGAGCUCAGCUUCAGUUUCCCACCUGAGUUCUUUGAGCACGCCAAGGCGCUCUGGGAGGAUGAGGGCGUGCGCUCCUGCUAUGACCGCUGUAUGCAGACUGGGCUGCUGGACCAUUCUCGCUACUUUCUGGACAAGAUCGAUGUCAUCAGAAAGCCCCACUAUAAGCCGAAACCUGAGGAUCUCUUUCGCUGCCGCCUCCACAUCCCAAGAAUCUUUGAUACCAAGUUCCAAGUGGAAGAAGUCAACUUCCACAUGUUGUGCAUGAACGGGCUGUACCACAUCAACCGGGUAUGGGCUGAGAUCCUCAAAAACUUCAGUGCCAUCAUCUUCGUGGUGGAUAGCAGCAGCUACGACCAGAAUUUCAUGGGAACCAACAGACUGCAGGAGGCUCUCAACAUUUUCAGGUCCUUCUGGAGCAGAUGUCCCCGCCCCUUCUGUGUGCUUCUCUUCCUCAACAAGCAAGAUCUCCUGGCUGAGAAAGUCCUUGCUGGGAAAUCAAAGAUUGAGGACCACUUUCCAGAAUUUGCUCACUACACUACUCCUGAUGGUGUCGUUCCUGAGCCUGGAGAGGACCCACAUGUGACACGGGCCAAGUAUUUCAUCUGUGACAAGUUUUUGAGCAUCACUAGUGCUAGUGGCAAUGAGGACUGCCACUGCUAUCCUCAGUUCACCUGUGCUAUGGACCAUAGAAACAUCCAGCGAGUGUUCAGCCAAUGUGCCCAACUAGUCUUGUAUUCAGUGAAGGAAAGAGCUGCUCUUAGAAUGAAAUGUGCCUUAAUUAAAGCCUAA